AUGCUACCGUUUAUAAAUCUUGAGGAGGAACAAUUGAGAUGUCCUUAUCAAGUGUUUCAAAUUCCAGGUUGGAAGAUAGAUGGUGUGGAAAUGCUCAGUCCUGUUGACAAUGAACCAGACGAUGCCCCAAACACUGUCUACCGAUUAAGUACACGAUACCAUCUCUCAAAUGGCGACUUUUAUUGGAUUCGACUACAUUCACUCACCCCAGUUACAGUCCUUUCAGAUCAUCCGCCAGCUAAAACAUUCCCCACCUUGACAGUCACGCUGUGGUUCUGGAUUGUCGGUUGCAUCAGUAUGGCUCUGGUACUGCUAUUCAUCUGUUGCUGGGCCUGUCUUCGGCUAUGCAGGCAACAAAAGGUGGAGAGAAAAACCUCCUGGCGUCGCAAUUACUCCGCCUUCCAUCCUGUGGUCGCUAAAUCACCCACCGAUUCUAGCCAGGUGAUGAGUGAUAAGGUGCAGUACUACCCAACUUUAAUGAAUGGGAGCGGUCUAACUCCGAAACCUCGUCGUUUAAGAGCUUAUUCUUUAACGGCCAAUGUUGCAUCAAGUGUUACCACGGACAAUCAUUGGAGAGCUAGAAUGCUAACUCUUCAAGCAUACCAAUCUGUAAGACGCCGUAGUGCAUUUGAUUCUGCAGUAAUAAGGAGAGCAUCCAUGGGUAGUAACUACUCCCACGACGAGAAGGAGGAUAUUGAAAAGAUUUUUGUGACCCCAGAAGGCGACUCGGUUAUUACCCUGUCUACAAAUCAGGGCACUUCAGUUAAACAGUGGAGCACUUAUGACUUUAAUAACCGUUUUCUUUCGUGCACUGAUACUAUUUGGCUUGCUUACAAUGCCGACAGACAGAGAUUUAUCGCUCUCUUUGCUAAGGAUGGAAAGUAUACUAGAGAGAUUCUUUCUCGAACGGAUGACUUUACACAAAGUGGAAAUUCAAGACUACUGGUACUGCAAGGGAAUGAAAAUCUUCUGCUCACAGACGAUCGCAACUUUGCUCAAUUAUACCCCCUCCGGGGACAGAUACCUGUAGCGUCCGUUCAGCUACCUUCAACCGUCUGGGGUGCGUUUCCUCUAGGCGAAGAAUUUCUCUUUGUUUCCGAUCCAAUGACGGGAUACGAAAAGGAGUCUUUUGCCACUCUGCACUUUUGGUCACCUUCGAAUAAGUCCAUUGUGCUUCAAAGUAAACUCAAAGUUAGACAACAAUGGCUCGCUAAAGGUUUCUCCCUCCAGGGUGCUAAAGAACUUCCCCCAUUAUUAGGCCCCAAUCAAGCUAAUCUCCUACUAAGGUGGAACCGUCCUGGUCUUCAAGAUAUUUCCUUCUCUAUAGCAGUCGAUCUCCUCUCAAUUUUCAAACCUCCACAUGGCUUCAGAAAAUCUUCGAAUGGUCUAGAUUCACAUAUAUCAACAUCUCUAGUAAAACAUGACAUCAAUCUGGAAAAAACAGUGUUUCUGGCUAAUGAUAUUGUCGUCACGGGUGAUGUACAUGGAGCUUUGCACAUUUGGAAUGUUCAUUCCGGCGAAAAUUACCGAUCUGUUCAGAGCGAUCCUAUUCCUUUCGAUGGACCACUUCUUAUUAAUCCAGGCCAUCAUGACUUCUCCCAAAUGAAAAUGGAUUCCGAGACGGGACCAAUAGCAACACUGGCUGCAACUGAACCUAGUCCUACAGAAACCGGUACAUUCACCUGGUUCUCUUCGGGAGAUGAUUCAGGCUGUGUCGUUGUUCGUAGAUGCGUUAUUUCUGCAAAUGAGUCAUUAAAGAAUGUCGCAUCGAGAAUUCAUGCCAAAUUCCGACCCUAUUCUCGAACAACUCUUGCCUACUCUGCAGACGCGGUCACAUGUGCAAGAAUGUUGAAUCGUGCCAAUUGGAGGACAAAUAAGCCUGAGGCAUUUUUGGCUACUGGAGACUCGUCUGGUUGUAUUCGCAUUUGGUUGCUGCCUCAGUGUACUCAAUUAGCCCAGUUAUCCGCCUCAUGUGAAUCAGGACUUCUAGAUCUUGAGUUGACAGAAACUCCUCCUUCCCUCACCGUGCCAUGCCAGUGGUUGCAGGUUGUGGGUCUAGUGAGACGAGAUAAAACUUUUGGAACUGGUUACGAGCAUGGUCGUGUUGUUAUCAUUCACUUAAUUGCCAAUGAAGAGAACGGUGUGCCCAAUGCAAUGCACACCCCUCAACUUCGCAUUGUGGGUAGGCCGUAA